AUGUUUAAUGGUAUUGUGGUUUACGUUUGCCAUGACGACAAGUGCCAUCGCCUUAAACCAGGAAUUGAUAGUGGACCCAUUAUCGUUCAAGAAAUAGCGACAUUAUCUUGUGACCAUGAAGAGGCUGACACCAGAAUGCUACUUCAUGCAAAUCACGCGUCUCAGUCAUGUGACAGUGUCCUAAUAAAGAGCCCAGAUACAGACGUCUUCGUUCUUAUGCUAUUCUUUUGCCACAUCAUCCAAUGCGAUUUGUUUCUAGAAACUGGCGUGAAUGAGAAGACACGUAUCAUCAAUAUUGGUUUUGUGCAGCAAAAGAUUGGCGAAGAAAAGAGCAAAGCGUUAAUUGGAUUCCAUGCAUAUACAGGAUGUGAUUCUACUAGCUCAUUUUAUGGUCGAAGUAAGAUAUCUUCCUUAAAACGGUUUUCAAUAACGAAAGAUGUCUGACCACAUUUGUGCAACUUGGUAAUGAAUUUGAAGUCGAUGAAGCUGUUCAAGAAAACCUGGAGUCACUGACAUGCAUGUUAUAUGGGGUCAAGGAUUCCACUUCUGUCAACAAGGUAAGAUAUGACAUGUUCAGGAUGGGUAAAUUCUCAGACGCAGCUUUGCCUCCAAACAAGGAUUGUCUCUUACAACAUAUUAAGCGUGCAAAC